CUUGCGCGCGUCACACCGCCUGGCGAGCGGCGCUCAACGUCGUGCUGACGUUGCCACGACCUGCGACAAGCACGGCGCUCUCCCCCUCACGGCGACGACUUGCGGCUGUUGUUGUCAGGUGUUCGGCGCGUCUGUCUUUUCUCUUCUGGUGCGAUGGCGAGCGGAGGCGGUGAAAUCGUUGUAGGUGGUGGAGGUGGUGGAGGAGGAGGCAAGUGGGAGGUGGUGAAGGGAAAGAAGUCGAAUGGGGUGAGAGGCAAGCCCUCUCGUCCGGUCGCCGUGACGCUGGGGCCGAUGAUGGGUCCCAUCAAGACGAGCGAGACGAUGUUCGAGCUCGCCUUCGACCGAGAGAAGAAGUCGGCCAAGGAGCAGCCUCUUCAGCAACCGCCGCCGCAGCAGCAGAACAUCAAGAAAGCAUCGGCGAAGCAGAGCAAGAAAGCCAACGGAGACGCAAGUUCGUCGGGAGGGCGAUUUGCCACGUUGGAGGAUGCUUUGAAGGCGCUUGACCUGAAGGACAUGAAAACCCAGCUGGACAAGUCCCAGGCGAUGUUCAUGGAGGAGCCAACGGUCUGGGUGAAGGACAUCGCAGGAUACCUCAACCUCAAGCUGCAAGCUCCCGAGAGCGAUCCCGCACUCAGCCGCUACCCACACGACUACCCGCUGUGCCUGGCAAAGAGGGAGCUGAGAGCCGUGGUGCUGGGCCUGUUGCAGCGCUGCGGCCGUGGGGGUCACUGCACGCUGCUGCAGUACUCCCUCGCCAUGAUGCUGCGCGAGUCCGACAAGCCCUCAGGGGAGUCGGUGCACGGCUACCGGCUGUGCGUGCAGUUCGUGCUCUCGGAGUACCCCGAUGUUGUGGAGGUGCACAUGACGGAGAACCUGAAGCUUCUCAACGCGUCCGUCAACAAAACGAACAAGUGCCUCUCGCUGCUGUGGGCUCUGAACCAGAGUGGGGAGCACGACCUCGCCGUUGGACUUCGAGUGUGGGUGGAAGCCUUCCUGCCCCUGAUCGAGAUGAAGCCGUACUCGGCCUACGUCAUCAGCAGCCUCCACCACCUGCUGCACGCUCACGGGAACCUGAGCAGGGGCUUCGGGAUCGUGACCCUGGAGCAGUUCCUCUCCCUGCUCGAGCUGGCGUUUGCGUCUCCGAGCACGGCCCUGGCCCCCGGGCCACAGAAACAGCUGCAGGUGGUCUACCCGCGCUUGAAAGAGCUGGUGCUGCGGGGCUGCCCCGACGCCGCGCCGCCUCGCGCCCUCCCCGUGCUGCUGGCGCGCCUGGCCGCGACGGCGCGCGGCUCUGCGCAGGCGCGGGAGCUGCUGGGCUGCCUGGUGGAGGGGCUGGCGAGCGGCGAUGCGGAGGCGCUCGCGGUGUGGAGGGGGCUCUACGCGGACCGCCUGGCGCCGUCCAGCCUCCUCCUGCAGCAUCUGCUGAAGAACUGGAGCUCCGUGUCAGGCAAGGUUUCUCAGCAGGAGCUACGCCAGUCGGUGCUCGUGUUUGCGGAGGCCAACAAGCAGAUGGCGCUGCAGAGCCGGCGCAGGGAGGGCCUCAAGGAGAGCACCGCCGCUUGCGCCGGGCUCCUGGAGAAGAUGAAGGCGAAAGCGGUGCCGUGGAGGAGGUACGUGAUGGCCGGCGUCUUCCUGCUCUGCUGUUUCCUGGCUCAGGACGUGUGGCGGAGCGGCUCCAUGCAAGAUUCGACGAGUGCCAGGCUGCUGCGUGAGACGGGCAUUGCUGAGGCCGCUCGGCGAGGCUGGGCCGUCGCGACUCUCUACUCGGCAUGGGGAUACAGCUGGCUGCAGGAGAGCGUUCCGCCGCUGUGGGCGCGCGCAUGCGGGGCCCUGGGGCCGUGGGCGGCCCGCGCCUGGGACGCGGCCGCCGGGGCCGGCGCUCUGCUGUGGGCGCGCGGCGUGGAGCCGGCCGUCGCGUGGACAGCCGAGGGCCUGCACGCCGGCCUCAAAACGGUGCGUGCGGAGCUGCCGGCGCUGCUGGAGGAAGUGGCUCGACGCACACAGGAGGUGGCCGCCCACGUGCACCAGCGCUACCUGCUGCCCGUGCUCCACGCCCUGUCGGGCUCCGGCGGAGCGGUGGUCUCUGCCGCCGAGUGACGCUCCCGUGUCUACUCUUCUGCCGGCGUCGUCGCUUCCGCUCUCGCCCUCUCUCCCACCGCGGGCCAGCGAUGACGCGCGAAGGAGCUGCGGCCUCACCGCUGUUAUAUUAUAUAUUUUUAUCUCCUCGGCGCAGAUUUAAAACGACGAGAGGUCUACUUGGAAGCGAUUUUUUUCUUUUUUACCCCCCCCCCCCCCCCCGCCAUCCAAAGCAGUGACUUGACCCGCAAUGAGAACACUCGGCAAGAGACGACAUGAGCGGGAGUAGAUUUUUCCGAUCAAAUGCCGAUAAGCGGACUUUAAUUUCAGCCGAGAUCUGUCCGGAUCAACGACCCGGAAAAUAUUUUUCUGCACACAGCACCUAUGUACUUCCUUUCGGCAUGGCUUUGGCUACUACUCGUCACGUGCCACCGACUCCAGUCUACCAGCAACCCAGAACGUGUUCAGCCAGAAAGUAGUGUCUGCCAAUAUAACUAGAGGAUGCUAGAACUUGGCUCAAUGCAAUGCAUGCUGGUCGGCGUGUUCGUGUGUGUGCGCAAAAUGGAAGCGCAACGGGUUGGCGUGCUGCACUCCGAACCCGGCGACCCGAAUUCGAUUCCCCGCUCACUGCUACCAACACCUGCGAUUAUCUGAACCGGUUCUGGGCCUCCCCUAGGUCAACUGAGCC